GCAUGCGCAGUAAAGUCAAGUGUGCCCAGCGGCUAUCUGGGAAACUAUCAAGCUAACUGUUGGACCUAAUUUGUCGCAUGUGUUAAUUUCAAGUGGCGUUCAAAGUUCGGACGUUUUUAUUACCGGUAUUAGACUAUGAUAUCAAGUAUGUUGUUGGUAGUGUUACGCGAUGUAGGCCGUCGCUAGUAAGAUAUCUCAACAACGAUGUUUUGCUAGUAAACAUGCUAUCGCUAGGUAGAUAACAUCUAACGUUUGACGGCUAACAACUUAAUGCCUGUGACCCAAUUGCUAACAUUAGCAUAAUUUGUUUACGUAUAGCUACUAUUUGGUAGGCGAUCAAUAAUACCUUUGUUGUCGUCGUCUUCCGUGUUGACAGGUAGCUAUCCAAUUAACGUUAAUUUUAACAUUAGGCGAAGUGACUGGCCAGCCAAAAUAGUUUAGCUAGCUUUGCCUAUGUUCAGAGAUACUGGACCUCGACCUAUCGUUACAAUGCAAAUCACAUUUAAGGGAAAUUAGACUUUUUGAAAAGUAUUGAUACCCAUCGAUAUGGACUGAUAGCUUACGUUAGCUCGUCGAGGUUUCUGUUUAAGAUGUUGACAGGUCUUUAAAGCUGAACAAUCAAGACUUUCUCAAGAAUGGAUAAGCCACCUUUCAGACAGACGCAGAACCAGGUUUGCGGCGCGUGGGUGAUGAAGGAGCGAUUGGGCACCGGCGGCUUUGGACACGUCUAUCUCUACCAGCAUAUGGAGGGCAAUGACAAAAUUGCGGUGAAGCUGUGCCGCUUGGAGCUCAAUGCUAAAAACAAGGAUCGAUGGAGUCGGGAGAUCCAGAUCAUGAAGAAGCUGAACCAUCUGAACGUUGUGACGGCCAGGGAGGUCCCCGAGGAGAUGAAGCACAUCGCCCUGAACGACCUGCCCCUCCUGGCCAUGGAGUACUGCUCCAAAGGAGACCUGCGAAAGAUGUUGAGUAAACCAGAGAACUGCUGUGGACUGAAAGAGAGCGAGGUCCUUUCAUUAAUCAACGACGUGGGCUCGGGUAUCCUUUACCUGCAUGAGAACAAGAUCAUCCACAGAGACCUGAAGCCAGAGAACAUCGUGCUGCAGGACAUCGAUGGCAAGCUGGUCCAUAAGAUCAUAGAUCUGGGCUAUGCCAAAGACCUGGACCAGGGCAGUCUCUGUACCUCAUUUGUUGGCACCUUGCAGUACCUGGUAAGCCCGGAGCUAUUUGAGAAUAAGCCGUACACAGUGACGGUGGACUACUGGAGCUUUGGCACAAUGAUCUUCGAAUGCAGCUGCGGGUUCCGCCCUUUCCUGCACAACCUGCAGCCAGUGCAGUGGACAACCAAAGUGCGCAACAAAGGGCCCAAGGACAUCAUGGCAGUGGAGGAUAUGAAUGGAGAAGUGCGGUUCUCCACACACCUACCCUACCCCAACAACCUCAGCAGGACACUGUUGGAUCCUCUGGAGAGCCUGUUGCAGCUGAUGCUGCGCUGGGACCCUGUGCAGAGAGGAGGGGCUCUGCACCAUGAGAGCCGACAGCCCCAGUGCUUCAGUGUGCUGGAGGAGAUUCUCAGCAUGAAGGUGGUGCACAUCCUGAACAUGGCGUCCACUCAGGUCCACUCCUUCCUGCUGUCCCCAGACGAGGGGCUGCACUCUCUGCAGCAGCGCAUCGAGGCUGAGACGGGCAUCCAGCACCUGCACCAGGAGCUGCUGCAAGAGACCGGGCGCCUCUGCCGAUACCAGCGCAAGCCCGCCCGCCCAGUCGUCUAGGCCGGAGUGAGGGGGUGGGACCGCUACAUCGUCUACCUGUUCGACAGGAGCCUGACCAAGUACCUGGGGCCCUUCACUGCCAGACCACUGCCCGACAGCGUCAACUUUAUCGUGAGGGAGACUAAGACCCAGCUGGCCCUGAGUGCGCUGAGGAAGGUGUGGGGGGAGGCGGUGAGCUACAUCUGUGGGCUGAGAGAGGACUACAGCCGUCUCUUCCAGGGACAGAGAGCAGCCAUGUUGAGUCUCCUGCGCUACAACACCAACCUGACGCGCUACAAGACGCUGAUGUUCUCGUUGUCUCAGCAGCUCAAGGCCAAGCUUGACUUCUUCCGCAGCAGCAUUCAGUACGACCUGGACAAGUACCGCGACCAGAUGCAGUAUGGGAUAUCCUCUGAGAAGAUGCUGAGAGCCUGGCAAGAUAAUGAGGAGAAGGCAGCUGCCUUUGCCCAGGCGGCGGAGGUGGGCCAUCUAGAUGAGGAGAUCAUGGCUCUACACUCGGAGAUCGUUGAGCUACAGCGGAGUCCUUAUGCCCGUCGUCAAGGCGACAUCAUGGAACAACUAGCAGAGAAGGCUAUUGAGCUCUACAAGCAGCUGAAGGCCAAGUGCAAAAUGCCUGACCCUCAACAUGGUUACAGUGACAGCUCUGAGAUGGUGAAGGUCAUUGUGCAGACCGUCCAGAACCAGGAUAAAGUGCUCAGAGACCUCUACUGCCACCUCAGUAAGAUCCUUCUGAGCAAGCAGAAGAUCAUCGACUUGUUCCCUAAGAUCGAGCGCACGCUGGAGAGCAUCAAAGAGGCCGACUGCACCGUCAUGCAGAUGCAGCUGAAGAGGCAGAGGGAGUUCUGGCACCUGCUCAAGAUCGCCUGCGCCCAGAACACCAGCCGUAACUCUCUGUCGGGUGCAGGUGCAGGGGGGGGGGACGUGAGCUGGAGCUCCGCCUCUCAGCACCAACCCCCAUCUGGCCCCGCCUCCAGCUCCCCCCACCUGCUGCGCUCACUACCUGGACCCCAAGAUGGUGAGUCUGUCCAGAACCUGCUGGAGGAGAACCAGAGGUACCUAAGUCAACUGACCAGCCUGUUACAGGAGACCACCGACGACAAGACGGAGAGCAUCAUGGAGCAGGACUGGAGCUGGACAAGAUAUGAGUCUCUGGUGUCCAAGCCCCAUAUACAACACGUCUAGAGUCCCACGGCCCCAGCAGGAGGGGGGCAUACCGGUUCUGACCGCAGCAGGAGGGGGGGCAUACCGGUUCUGACCGCAGCAGGAGGGGGGGCGUACCGGUUCUGACCGCAGCAGGAGGGAGGGGGGGGGGGCGUACCGGUUCUGAUCCUUUUCCUGCUCUGCGUCCUGCUGCUUCCUCCCGCUCUGCGUUGAGCACAGGGGCAUGAGAGGCUGGGGCGGCCCAUUAGGGCUGAGCUACACCAGGCGCGGAACCAGCUACUUCAGUUGUUCUAGCAGACGCAAACGGAACGCCUCAGUUCCGCGCCUGGUGUAGCUCCACCCUUAGAGACGGAGUCCACAGACCAGAGGCCUCUUUUAAUGCAACCUCCCAAACACACGUAUACGUACACAAGUACAUCUAUAAAUAUGCAUAUAUUUAUUAUCAAUUAUGUUCCUUUGAUCUGUGUUCAAUUGUGUAAUUGUUCAGGUGCUGUCAGGUAUGUGUAAGCAUUGGGUGGCGUGAAUUCUGGGUGAUUGUCUUACAGGGGUUAAGCUGUCUCUGAUUGGACGGUGGAUGUGCACUUUAAGUGUCUGUUCAGAAUGUGUUGGUUCUGGCCUUAACCAGCAUGGAUGCAACUAAUAGCAGAUUUGAGGUAAACGAUGGCUGACGUAUGUGGCCAAUGGCGUGGCAGCACAGAAGAAGCUGAUUGGGUGCCUGGACUUUUGAGGAAAGCAAGUUCUUCCCGUAUGUUGCACAACUGAAUUGUGUCUGACUCUCUUCUCCUGUGUUCAUCAAGUGACUUUGUGAAAUAAAACAUCUCCUACACCUGUA